CCUUCACAUUGCCCUCUCUCACACAGAGGUGCAGUGCUCUGCGAGGGCUCUGAGGAGGACGACCACCUCUACGUCUCCACAGAGGAUGUGAGAGUCAGCGUCACCCUUCAGAGGCUGCAGGUGUCAUCUCCACCUCUUGGAGGGACCUUCUGCAUACACCUGGGAAGCACAGUGAUAUCAGAUGUUUCUGUGCACAUCUCCUCCCACCAGCUCCGCAGGCUUCUGCAAACCAACACAGACAGUUCUACAGCCCCAUACUUCAACACCAGUGACUUCAUCGUGACCAAAGACUCAGAGACUUGCUAUGAAAGCAUCUGGACUCUCACCUGGAGAACAAAAGCUGGGGACUUGCCCAAUGUUAUCAAUGUCUCUGCUGAAAACCUCACUGGUCUGAAGCCAGCUGUUUCCAGUCGUGUGGUUUAUGAUGGGGGUGUCUUUAUUGGGCCAAUAUUUGGGGACAUGCUUGCUACCUCCAAUAACAAAACACAGGUGGUGGUGGUGGUGAAUGAUGUCCCAGCAAGCUGUUCUGGUUCCUGCUCUUUCCAGUUCAGCCAGGAAAUGACACCCUUAGUCAGUGAUGUGGAAUAUUCAGCAGAUGACAGAUUCCAGGCCACAGUAGUUAUCAGGGGAGUUGGUUUCUCUGAGGAGAGCACAACCCUGCAGGUACAGGUGAAGAACAAAACUUGCAACAUCAUAAUGUCAGACCAAACCAAAGUGGUCUGCAAGAUGGAGAGGCUGCCACUUGGAGUCCACCAGCUGGCAUUAUUAGUGAGGCCUUAUGGCUUUGCACUCAAUGCCAGCACAGGAGAAGGCAUCUUCCUAAGAGUUGAGCCCAGGCUGGUUGCCAUUGAACCUCCCAGAGCUUCAGAAAUUGGAGGAUUGAGAGUGGCUCUCAAGGGGACUGGUCUGGAAGGGGUAAACCUGGUGUUGUUUGGAUCUCAGCCUUGCCCAGUUUUGGAGGAUACCAGAAGUUCAACACAAAUUGAAUGUAAAGUUCCCUCCCGGGGGGCAGAAGAUGCUGCUGUCCACGUGACACUAGUUUCUGGGUACCAAUCAACAACAGUCACCAACUUGUUCCAGUAUGACCCUUCCUUAAACCCUGCAAUUGUAUCACUGAGCAGAAACAGAAGUGGCUUAGCAGGGGGUCGGGAGCUUCAGAUUGGAAUAUCCUCAUUUGCGAGCUACCGAGGGUCAGAUAUCAAGGUCCAAAUUGGGGGCGUGUGGGCACAGAUCCAGGUGCAGAUGGACAAUGGUCUUAAUGUGACACUUCCAGGCUUGGCUGUGGGAUGGUACAACGUUUCUGUUAUCAUCAAUGGUGUUGCUAUUGCUUCAAACAGGGUUGAGCCAUUAAUCCACUACAUCUCGGAGGUCUUCAGCAUCGAGCCGUGCUGCGGCUCUUUCUUGGGUGGAACGCUGCUCACAAUCUCUGGGCUGGGCUUUAGCCAAAAUCGGUCCCUGGUUUCCGUUUCAAUAAAUGAGCAAACCUGUCUGGUUACCCACUUGGCAGAAGAGACCAUUUGGUGUCUGACCCCGCCAGCUGCUAAUUUCUCUAAUGAAGUUUCUCAAGAUGUCCCUGUCAGAGUAAAUAUACUCGUUAGCAAUAGCUCACUUCAAAAUGUUCCUGUUGCAAAAAGCAUCACCUUUAAUUACCAAAGAGCUUUGACACCUCUGGUUACCACAGUUGACGUGGAAAUUUUGGAGAGUAGCAUGUUGUUGAGCAUCCAGGGGGUAAACAUCACUGGAUCUGUGGCUAAGCUGGGAGAUAGUGAGUGUGAGCUUGAGCUGCAACGUGGCAAUGAGUCUGCAAUGUUUUAUGAAUGUUCUUUACCACUGAGCAACCUGGAACCUGGGAUUUACCCUAUCCAGGUUAUCCAGAGACAGCUUGGAUAUUCUCAUGUGACAGCAAGGCUGCAGACCAUCACAGUAACUCCACGAAUAACCUCCAUAUUCCCAUCAGAUGGGUCCAUUUGUGGUGGGAUGUUACUUACUAUCUCAGGGAUUGCUUUGAGAUCCAGAAGAGAUCUGGAACAGGUCAGCCUGGAUGGUAAUUACUCCUGUGAGCUCCAGAGCUCUGACGACAAUACCAUUAAGUGUGUGGUCCUUUCAGAGACACACCUUUUGCCUUACCGGUGGUGGGCUGAGGUGUCUUGGGCUCUUAAUGUCACAGUGACUGUCAAUGGAAUCAGCAGUGUCUGCCCUGGGGAUUGUACUCUCCAUCUUCGUGAGCAGUCAACUCCCCUUGUAGAUGUGGUGACCUGGGAGACCAAUGGGAUGUACACCGAUGUGACCAUCAAAGGGCAGAGAUUGGCGUGGCCAGGUGACAGCCCUGUGGUGCAUGUGAAUGACCAGGCUGUCUGCAAGGUCACUUUCUGGAAUGAGACCAGCAUCAGGUGCCAGAUGGGCUGCAUUGCCCCAGGGGAGCAUAACAUCUCCAUAUCCAACAGAAGAAGUGGGCAAGCUUGCUUCAGGAGUACAUCCAGUGUUCUCACCGUCACGCCUCAAGUCCACCAGUUCUACCCCCAAAACUUCAGUACCAAUGGUGGAGGCCUGCUCACUUUUGCAGGUGCAGCACUGAAAGGAAAGAGCAGGACAUCUGUUCUCAUUGGUCAGCAACCAUGCCUCAUCCUCAAUGUCACCUGUAUAGCCAUCCAGUGCACGGUGCCCCCAGGCAAUGGUGCUAGGGCACUGAGGCUGACAGUAGAUGCUAUCUCCUAUGAUAUUGGAGAAAUUAGUUACAGUGAGGAGUCUACGCCAACUUUCCUUUCAUUUGCUGUGACUGGCCUCCUCUUAACAAUAAAUGUAUCACAGGUCAUGGAGACGGACGCCAUCCAUGUAUUUGUUGGAGACUCUGCUUGUAGGGGUGUUACCAUCACCCACUCGGAGCUGCAGUGCUCUCCUCCUCUGCUCCCUGCUGGUGAAUACCCUGUGCUGGGCCUGCAUGUCCCCAGGGGCUGGGCUUCCUCCAACCUGACCUUCAUCUCUCAGCUGAUGGUGACAGCUGUGCGUUGCAACUGGGGUGGCUUGAAUGGAGGAGUGGUUCACUUGCAUGGAACUGGAUUUUCCCCAGCGCAGACUUCAGUCACCAUCUGUGGCAGCCCCUGUGAAAUGUUGGGCAAUGCAACGACAACGAGCCUUAGCUGCCUUGCACCACGCUUACAAGCAUCCUUGGCCUUUCUCUGCAGCCUGACCCACUCUUCUGCCAACUGCCAAGAGGACAGAUCCACCAUUAUCAAAUGUGAUGUCCAAGUCAUGGUGGGCUCCUAUUGCCAGCAAGGACCCAGGUCCUACCUGUACCUGUGUGGGGAGAGCCAAGCUCAGCAGCAGCAGGGGGACUCCGUCCCUUCCCAGAGCCACAUUGCUGGACUCAUUGCCAGCCCUAAAGUGGAAAGAGAUGAAGUUCUCAUCUAUAAUAGCUCCUGUAACAUUACCAUGGAAACUGAGGCAGAGAUGGAGUGUGAGGGAGCUAAUCAGCCAAUUACCGCCAAGAUUACUGAGAUAUGGAAAAACUGGGGCCAGAACACUCAGGUAUAAUCAAAUCUCUUUUACAGACUGAUUCAAACAGCUUAAAAUUAAAUUUGUAAUAUUGUGUACAUU